UUUGGAAAAAAAUGUCAAGAGACAAAAAUGUUCAGGACACAUUUCUCUAUCUGCUCUGAUAAUUUGAGAAAAAUCUGUGACAGUUCAUUGAGCAACUUCGUUCGUCUCUAUCGUGCACUGCCUCUUAAGUAGACUGCCGAUUACUCGCAUAUGUUUACAGAAAGCACAAAAUUUAAUAAUUUGAUAAGCUGUUCUUUCUUGCUUGUUUUAUAGAAACAUACGCAUGUCUUCAAAUUCGUACGAACACGUUUGAUACUCCUUUCUGAUUCAACUAUUUAAAUUCCAUUUGUUUUUUUGCAGAAAAAAAGACAUUUUCUCUCUCUGUCUUUACUUCUCUUUGAGAUUUGUUUUUCAAAUUUCGUUUUCAAUUCUUAUUUCUUCCGUUUGCUUCUGUGUACACUAAGCAGUUGAAAGAAAGAGACACUAAUAGCAAAAGCGCAGUAGGAAAGUGAACAGGCUCACUGUUUCCAGCCCCUUCAAGAGAUAGAGUCUGUCGACAUAAGAAGUUGUAUAUGGCGGAACUGUAAUCUGUUUUCUCUCGUUUUUUUAUUCAAUGAUCCUGUUCGAUUUUCACUUUUAAACAAGUACAAGUAAGAAUAAUUUGUUUCAAUCGAUGACAUGUCAAGACAUUUUACCUGUUCUUUGGUUUCAUUCAAUUUUAGAAUAUGAUGACGAUAAUCAAAUAUAAAACAAAUCUACACUGCUCCGAAGCGCUUUUGUUUUGUAUUAUAUCAUACAUCUUUACAUGGGAAGAGUGUGUUAUGAAUGUCGAAUAGGAGAAAUCGACGUAGUAUGUUGAAUAAUAUAUUUCAAAACUUUUCCUGUAUAGUAAUGAAUUUUUAGCACAAAUUGAACGAAUUGGUAAUCUCAUUGAAGUACAACCAAACGUAUUAUAUUCAAUGACGGAAGCGAAAUUGGUGGGUGAAGCGGCUAAUUGGUUUACAGCAAAUCGAGCAACAUUGACAGAAUGGAAAGACUUAAAAGCCCAGAUGUUGACACGUUUCAAACCAGUUACUUCUUCAUCACAGCUGUUCGAAAAACUAACCAAAAGGCGACAAGGACCAGAUGAAUCAAUCAUUACUUAUUAUUUCUUUUUUUCUGUUAUCAAACUAUGUCGUGAAUAUGACCCUUCAAUGUCAGACAAAAAUUCAUUUUUGGAAAAGGGUAUGAAAGACGAAUUGAUAAUACAAGUGAAGCGACAAAUUUCACGAUCUGCGUUUCGUGGACAAGCUCAACGACCACAUUUAUUUCCAUCAAGAGUAGGAAUGCAACGGUAA